AAUUAGAGUAGUUGGUAAAUUCUUGUAGCUCGUAAAUUAUUUUUAAUUUCAAUUUAUUUUCGUGUUAAGUUUUGAGGAAAAAACAACCGGAAGUAUUUAAAAAUAUUAAAAUAAAUUUAUUUAAAAUAUGUGUAAUCAAUGAAUAUCAAUAAAAUAUUUAUUUAAAUAAUUAAAGUUGUUGCUGUAACAAGUGGAGUAAAGAUGAACGCAUCAUCCGGACAAGAACACGGUCAUGCUGUCGUUGUGUGGGAGUGGGCAAAUAGACAAGGUCGUUGGAGACCAUACAGCCCUGCUGUAUCUCAACAUCUUGAAAGAGCUCAUUUCAAAAAAUUAACUAGAGUUUUUCUCAAUGAUGCUGAUCCUACUCUUGACAGGUAUUACAUAAAUUUGAAAACAAACACUCAGUGCAGUGAUGAUGGGGAACAGAUCCACAAUGUGCGUAGACAAUUUUAUUUACCGAGUUCACCUGCUGGAAAAGGUGCCAAGUGGGAAUGGGCAGGUGACACUGAUGAUUGGCACACUUAUGAUAUGGAUGUUCAAUGUUUGAUUGAAGAAGCUUGGGCAAUUGGAGAUAAAACUAUCGAUGUAUCGAAAACAUAUUUGGGUUUUCCAUACAUUAUUAAUUUUUGUAAUUUAACUCAAGUAAGAUGUUGUACUGGAUAUGUAAGACCAAUACGACGUGUUCAGCAAGCUCCUUAUCCUCUAGUCAAAGUAACUCUCGAAGAACUUCAGUCCGCUGUUGGAAGUGGACGGAGACCAUUACCGCCGCUCAAUGUUAAAAGUCAAAGUAAAUCACCGCACAAGAAACAACCCUGUGGCAGUAGCGGCAGUAGUAACAAAAAAACUACCAAAAAGAGCAAGAGCAGCGAAAACAGUCCAUCUAAUCUAGCUCGAGUGAUUUUAAGCAACUUCAACAUUUUCACGAGCAAAAGUAAUACAGAAAAUAAUCCUCCAGCUGCGGAAGAAACCCAAAAUAAGCGGAAAACAUGGGACGCUGUUCUUGACGUCGAUUCAAGCAGUACAAAAAGCGGAAGACGUCCCAGUGUUGAUACCGUGUCGACGUAUUUGAGCCAUGAGAAUCCAGUUGAUCUAUUGGACAGUAGCGUAGGAAGUGAUGAUGCUUUCAAAGACUCGGUGGUUAAUGUCGAGCGUACGCCUGAUGUAAUUUCUCAGUAUGUUAAAGUUGUGGAAAGCGAUGGGACAGACUCAUGUCCAGUUUGUUUGGGUACACCUGAACCACUGACUGUUGAACUCACUCGUUGUCAUCACAGACUUCACUUGGCUUGUUUAAAUGCGAUGCUCAAUACUCAACAACAACUUAUGUAUAUACAGUGUCCAGUUUGCAGAAUGAUUUAUGGUGAAAAGCGAGGCAAUCAACCAGCUGGUACUAUGAACUGGACGAGAAUUCCUCGCGCUCUUCCUGGAUUUCCUCACACCAAUACUAUUCAAAUAACUUAUGACAUUCCAUCGGGUAUUCAAGGACCAGAGCAUCCAAAUCCUGGUCAAGCAUUCUAUGCAGUCGGUUUUCCUCGAGUCUGUUAUCUACCAGACAAUGAUCUUGGUCGUAGAGUACUACGAUUACUGCAAAUCGCUUUCGAGAGACGUUUAAUUUUCACAGUAGGCCGGUCAGUAACCACUGGCCGUGAAGAUGUCGUUACCUGGAAUGAAAUUCAUCAUAAAACUGAACUGGGUCCAUCUACGUCAGGUCAUGGGUAUCCAGAUGUUAGUUAUCUGGAAAGAACUUUGUACGAAUUAGCUGCUCAAGGUGUUUCUGAUGAACAAUCUUCCAAUAGCCUUUAUCAAGAAUUACAAUAAUAGUAUCAAUAACUAUUAUUAUUAUUUCUAAUAUUAAUUAUUUUUCACUCAUUAUCGAACACUAAUCAUGACUUUUAUUUUAUUAUUUAUAAUUACUUACUUAUAUUCUUUGGCAAUAUUAAUUUUACUUCUGAAAUGAACUGAUAGAUAUUAAAAAAUCGAGUUUAAUAUUAUUUUUUUUUCCUCAGUUAGUUUAUGAAGUUGAAAAUGUAAAAUUAGAUAUGAAGUAUUUUAUUUGCAUGUUUUUACAUUUAUUAGUUUAUUGAUAAAUAGAAAAU